UGGGAGCGGCGGGAUGGUUCAAAAAUGGGCUAUCGGCACGAUGAUCAACAUCUCGGGGUCCAUCGCCAUCAACCUGGGCACCAACCUCAUGAAGCUAUCACACAAGAUGAAGAAGGGGGAGUAUCGACAACACGGCGACGACAAUACCAGCAACAACGCCAUUCGAUCGGGCCUGAAGUCCUCAGACGACGACGACCUAGAAGCCGCCGAGCCCAUGAUAAACCGCGAGGCCAACGACUCCCCUCGCCGCCAGCAGCAGCAGCAGCAGCAGCAGCAGCAGCAGCGGCACUUUUUCCCUUCGUCCUUGAGGAGCGCAAAGGGGGCGCAGCACGGCGUAGAGAUGACCGCGUAUCCCGCAGACGCGCUGGUACAAGAACGCGGUGGACCUGGCCGAGUGCCGGAUUCCGAGCCCAUUACAAAUGGUGGCGCGAGAGCAGGCGGUAUUGGUAAGCUGCGAGGGGGUGGUGCUGGCGGUAGCAGCAGAGAUUUGCGCGGGAGCGGGGAGGGACGAGGAGGAGCGGACGAGGAGGAGAUGGUCGGACUGACGGAGGAAUCGCUUACGGACUCGCCGUCUUCCACGACCGGGGUGAGCACGAGCUCAGACGACCGGGCCGCCCAGCAUUCCAGGGGACGGAAGGCACUGGCCUCCUCCUCCUCCUCCUCUCCCGCGAAGAGACCGCCACCAAAGGGCGGCCAAGCCAAGGGGGCGGAGCCGCCGACAGGGGGCGGGGAGUACGACGCUCGCCCGGGCGUGAGAAAGCGGCCCCUGAGCAUCAGCCCCAACCAAGACGGCGGUGGCGAGGAAGGGUUUGCCGAGAGAGGGGGCCUGGAGGCCAGCGGCGGCAGCGGCGGCGGCCACGGCCACGGCAGCGGUGCUUGGGAGCAGCAGCCGCCGCCCGAGUGGAUGGCGACGGCGCUGUGGUACCUGGGAGCGGUGCUCCUGGUCGCGGGGAGCCUGGUCAACUUCGCGUCGUUCGGGUUCGCGCCGCAGAGCCUGCUGGCCAGCCUGGGCUCGGUGCAGUUCAUCUCGAACGUAGUGUUCGGGAAGGUGAUCCUGCGGGAGAUGGUAACGAGGAGGAUCAUAUUGGGCACGGCUACCAUCAUCCUGGGCAACACCCUCACGCUCUGCUUCAGCCCUCACCAGGACGACAACUUCAGCACCCACGAGCUCAAGGCCUUCUACGACGCCGAGUACAACACCCUCCUGCUCCUGGAGCUGGCCAUAGCACUCGCGAUGCACGCGGCCUACAAGAGCUUCAAGCGCAGCAAGGAGCAGGGUAGGCCGAGGCGCCACUCCGACCUGGUGAUGCCCCUCGCCUACGCCAUCUGCUCGGCCAUCGUGGGCACGCAGAGCGUUGUGAACGCGAAGUGCUUGAGCGAGCUGCUGACGCUGACUUUUCGGGGGGAGAAUCAGCUGGGCUCGAUUUUCACGUACCUGGUUUUCGCUAUCUGGCUCGGUACGACGAUAUUCUGGCUGGUGAGGAUGAACCGGGCCCUGGCAAUGUUCCACGGGCUCUUCAUCAUUCCUGCCCUACAGGUGUUCUGGACCUUCUUCUCGGUGAUCGACGGCGGUUUCUACUUCGAGGAGUUCCACACGCUGCAUGUUUUGGGGGGCUUGGGUUUCGCCGUUGGGGUGUUAGUGGUGUUUUGUGGCGUGUACCUCUUGGCCCCGCGGACGCAGACGGACCACGGGAGGCAUGCAGGGGUUGGGGGCGGGGGGGAGGCGGCUGGUGAAUCGGACGGGGAAGAAUCAGACCUAAGGAGGAUGCUCAGGCUGGAAGGUGUGUGUGUGCGUGGAGCGUGA